AGGAGAAACAAAAUAAUCCACGUUAGAAAAAUUAUGAUAUGAAAAUGAUAAUUUUUUGUUUGUGAAGGACUAAUGAUGAUAGCAAUAUAAUUGUUGUUGAAAAAAACGAGAUUUGCCCAAUUGAAUAAUGUCUGAACGUAUUGGAUAUUCGAACAAUAGAUUUGGCUUGAAUAAUUGUCAACGAGAGAAUGGUGAAGAAACGGAUGGAAAAGAGCAUGGAUGGUUUAAUGAAACUGCUGCUCUCCACAGUGAAGAUAUUGUCAUAUCAACUCGAAUCAAUCGUUUGAUUUAUCAAAAACGUUCUGAUUAUCAGAAUAUUCUUAUUUUUCAAAAUCAGAUAUUUGGACGAUGUUUAGCAUUAGAUGAUGCUAUGCAAUGUACUGAGCUUGAUGAAUGUGCAUAUCAAGAAAUGAUGGCAUUUUUACCACUAAACGUUCAUAAUGAUCCUAAACGUGUGUUAAUUGUUGGCGGUGGUGAUGGUGGUGUAGCAAGAGAAUGUUGUAAACAUCCAUUAGUUGAACAAAUUGUACAAUGUGAAAUUGAUCAACAAGUUGUUGAUGCUUCCAAACGUUAUCUACCAUUUAUGAGUGAAGGAUUUAAAAAUGAUAAAUUGAAACUAAAUUUUCAAGAUGGCUAUGAAUUUGUUCGACAAAAUCCAAACGAAUUCGAUGUGAUCAUAACGGAUUCAUGUGAUCCAAAAGGACCAGCCGAAUUAUUGUUUAAUAAUGAAUAUUUUCAACAAUUAUUUCAAUGUCUUCGACCAGGUGGUAUAAUUUGUUCGCAAGCCGAAUCUUAUUGGUAUGAAUUGAAAUUCAUUCAAUCACUAUUCGAUAGAGUGAGUAAAAUAUUUCCAUCCAUUUCCUAUGCUACAACAUCGGUUCCAUCAUAUCCGUCCGGUCAGAUUGGAUUCUUACUGGCAUCAAAAGAAGCAAACGUAAAUUUCACUGAACCAAAGCAUCGAUUUAGUGAAGAAGAUUGCGAAAGGUUUGGGCUGAAAUACUAUUCAGAUUCCAUGCAUAAAGCUAGUUUUGUUUUGCCAAGGUUUGUUCAAAAAGCACUGAAGCAAUCAAGAAAAUGAUUGAUCAUAUUGAAAUUUGAAAUUUUCAUAAAAUAAAUUUUUUUUUAUUAA